UUGAGAAUACACCUGGGAGAAUACUUCACAAAUGGCCACAGAACAUGUAAAAACAUCAACAUCAAAUUAAUCGGUCACUUUGAGUCCUGCUUUGGUCCUUCUUGGUUGGUCUUAAUUACAAAUGAGGGAAGGCUGGUUCAUGAGUAGGUAUGAGUAUUAUUUACACUUUUGGAUUUCAGAUUCAAGACUUUUUUAUAUUCAAAUGUAAAUCCAAUCGAAUUGUGAUCAAUCGAUUUGGAGCCUUAUGAAUCAAACUAUAAUCAAUUUGAGAAAUUACCCAUGACACCCUUUAACACUUACUAUAUUGAGAUUACCCAAAAGGAGCAGGUGCUCGUACUCAUGUACGUCUUGUUGCUGGUCUGGUGGGACUAGCGGAGGUAAUAGAAGACAGGGUCUGGACAUCCCUGCUUGGAUUGGUCCACAACCCAAAUAAUUGGUAGAAAAUGGAAAGGUGGAUCAAGUUAAUAAUCACAUUGAUUUUGCUUCUUCUAACGUUUUUUCUCCACUCUUCUUUUAGACAUCCAUCGGUCAUCAUGAAUGCGACCUCAGAAUCUCAUCCAGCCUUCGUGCAAGCUACUUUUGAUGGCUCAUACUCAGAAGUGGCAAUAUUAUCUGAUCGUGUUGGUGGUUGGAAUCAGCAAAAUAUCAGCCAUAUUAUUUUGCAUGAAGCAAACUUCACUGAAUCAUCAGGAAAUAGGACAGCGAGCCAGGCAGCAAAUGACUUUGACCCAUUAGGAGGACACUCGGUGUGGCAGGUUAUAGUAAUUGUCUUCCUUACCGGCUCACUGUCACUGGUUACAGUUGUCGGCAACAUCUUAGUGAUGCUGUCCUUCAAGAUCAACAAGGCACUGAAGACUGUGAACAACUACUACCUCCUGAGCUUGGCGUGUGCUGACCUGACCAUUGGCACACUGUCUAUGAACUUGUAUACCACCUAUAUCAUAAUGGGGCAGUGGGCUCUGGGACCAGUGGUCUGUGACUUGUGGCUUGCAAUCGACUAUGUAGCAAGUAACGCUUCCGUCAUGAAUCUUCUCGUCAUUAGCUUUGACAGGUAUUUCUCUGUGACCAGACCUUUGACCUAUCGUGCCAAGCGCACAACCAAGCGGGCCAUGACCAUGAUUUGUUUAGCCUGGUCCAUUUCUUUCAUUCUCUGGGCCCCGGCCAUCCUGUUUUGGCAGUACAUCGUCGGUGAGCGGACGGUGCCGUCGAAUGAAUGCUUCAUUCAGUUUCUGUCUGAGCCCAUCAUUACAUUUUGCACUGCUAUUGCUGCAUUUUACUUGCCAGUCACUAUCAUGACAACCCUGUUUUGGAAGAUCUUUCAGGAGACAGAGAAACGUGUUAAGGAUAUAGAGGGUCUCAAGGGUUCUGGUGCUGGAAAAAAACUAACUCAGGGGAGUAUAGCUGGAAGUGAUGGUGCGAAUAAUAGCCAGAAGGAGAAGUCUGCGUCAUCGAAACAAAUGAGUUCUACAAACAGGAGUGAUGAGCAAAAUCAGCUGCCUUCAGAAGACAAGGCCCACACCGGUCAGAGAACAUGUGGUGCCUUCUUCAUCCGGUGUUCAUCCCUGCUACUAAGAUGCCGCGGAUCUAGAAGGGCCGAUAAUACUGCACCAGGAAAGCAGGGUAGCUGUGACAAUCUUAACAACAAUGAAGCUUCAGGGGGUGAAGAAGAAGUAAAUGAUGCAGACCAAUCAAGGCUUCCUGCAGAUGGGGAGAAGUCUAAAAGGGUGAAGAACAAAGAUACAAAAUCAAGUCAGUCAAACCCUACACAGCCGGCUGAGACAUCUCCCGAAAACACCUCAAUGAAAGAUGGGAGCACGGCAAAAAGGUUUGCCUCUAAAUCCAAGACCGAGGUUAACAAGCGCAAGAAUGAAAAAAAGGCAAAUGACAAGAAAGCAGCACGGACACUGAGUGCCAUCCUCUUCGCCUUCAUUACUACUUGGUUGCCAUACAACAUCAUGGUCUUGGUCAACACAUUCUGCCAGGACUGUAUCCCGGGAACUCUUUGGGAACUGGGAUAUUGGUUGUGUUAUGUUAACAGCACAGUCAACCCCAUGUGCUAUGCCCUGUGUAACAAGACUUUUCGAACAACUUUCCGGGAUAUUUUGAUGUGCCAGUGGAAAAACAAAGGCAAGCCUCAAUGUCAUCAGAGGAAUCCUGCGGCUUGCCGGAAAAAAGAUCAAAGGUAGACCACAUGUAAAAUAAAUAUAAUUUGAAUGGAUUAUAAUGAGGAAAUUGACAAAAGAAUUGUUUGAAAACAUUAGGGAAAAAAACAACAUUCAAAAGACUGUAUUUUGCAAAAGUCUUAGGCCUCCACUAUUUUUAUUGCUGGAAUUAUUUGAUUUUUAUUAAUGAUUUCAGUGAGCAGUUCUUUUCACACAGUAAAGAGUAAGUAGUAGGAUUACACAAAAACUAUUGCAAACAAACUUUGUUGCUGAUGAAAAAUCUGUCAAAAUAAUAGGUCGUAAUAUUGCGGUCCAAGUUCUCAAAAAAUUGGUCCAACCCCUGUCAGUUUAUCAUCCUCUAUGUAAAAGGAUGUAACCUGCUAACUAAGAUAUUAGAUUUGGACUUGGCCUGCACACUUUGGUCUAACAUUCUAGUUAUACUGUAUGUGGUUAUCAAAGUGUUGCUAAAACAUGGUAAUUAAUGGUGUCCUCAGACUUUUGUACAGUACUGUACAUGGUUCACAGAUAGGGUCAGAAAUUCCUAUGCACUCAACAAAGAUUUGGGUGUUUAUGGCUGUUAGUGAUUGCGUCAUUCUUUUUCUGGACCGAUGUCCUAGAACAAUUACCGUAUUUCCUUGAAUUGCCGCAGGGCAUAUAGUAUGUGCCUGCCUUGAAUUACUGACGGGUCAAACUUGCUUCCAAAAAUAAUUAGCGCAUGCUUAGUAUUACCGCCUGGUCAAACUCGUGACGUCCCGAGUGACACUUCCCCUGUCAUAAUUUUCAAAAUGGAGGAGGCUGAUUUCAAUACCGGUAAUUUGAAAUCGCAUAAAGGGAAGAAGAUUAAGAGCUAUUCAGUAGGAUUUAAGGUCCAAGCUCACAUCACUCCCAAAUUUUUACUGCAUGCCUUUGGUAAGUGCCGGAGUGAGAAGAGGUUUUAAAAUAAUUAGCGCAUGUUUAUUUUUAACGCAUGCCUUUGGUAAGAGCAGGAGUGAGAAGAGGUUUUAAAUUAAUUACGGCCCCAGCGGAAAUUUAAGGAAAUACAGUAAUAUGCCGACUCCGGGAAAAAGCAGUUACUGUAUGAUGUUUUCAAACUCUUUCUUUACAGUUAAAUAUGAAAAAACGCAGACCUAAUUGAUGCCAGUGGUGCCUUACCAGUGCCUCAUCUUAGAAUUUUGGGGAAAUGUGAGCCUUUAAGUUGCGAGCAAAAAUGUGGGUUAGGGGCCAGCUUUAGAUAUCUCUCCUCUGCUAGUUGGUGUAGCAAAUGUCCCAGUAAACCCCAGGAGACACACCCAACAUCCGGUGUCUCACUUUCUAUCAUUGGCUAAUUGCUCGACAGACACAACUUUGUUUUUCUAACCAUGGGAAAAAGGAAACAGAUUGUGAAAGACAGUGCUGAAAGGAAGAAGUGGAUGUUAUUCUUUGAAUUAAAGAAAUAAAUUAUCAACAACAUGACUGAGGUUUGCAUUGGAAAAGCAGCACGAGCUUAACUGCUACAACCUGUGCCAAACUGACAAAGGAGCCGAAAAGCUAUGACUAUGCCAGAGUUAUAAUUAUCUCUAAAGGGACAAUAUUUUUCCAUGAAAAUAUAGAGAAGCUGUGGAUGGUGUAUUUGACAUAAAAAUAACUUGCAGGAGAUACUGUAAAAGUCUGCUCUCCAGGGUAAACAGCUGACCCGCAUGGCAAAUUACAGAAAAUAAGAACCUUAUCUAACUACAAAAACACCGUUAACAGGAAACAAUUGCUCCUCAGAGGCAUCCACAGACCUGCCAAGUCUUUCUGGUUCUGCGGAAAACUCCCAGAAACUCCCAUUGUCUGCCGAUAUUCUGGCUGAAGUUACAAACCUCUUGGAUUUUGCUGUUUUUUUAUGCUAAUAAUAUAAUUUAGCGUUUGUCCAGAGGUUAAAAGGGUAGCUCAGACGAGGUUGAUCAACAAUCACUUCAUUAAAACGAACAAAAACGACAUCCUUGGCAUCAGUUAAUCAUGUUCGGCCCGCAAUCUAAAGUGUAUCUUGAAUUUUUCUCCCUAUGCAUUGAGUUUGACACCCCUGCUGUACAUCAUUAUUGCAUUACUUUAUUUCAUAAAACUGAUGUAUUUGUUAGUAGUA